GUGAAAAAUUGCAAUUUUUUUCGAUUUCACACACACACAGACGCAACACACACGCCAGCAGCGCAGCAAACGCCGCAGAAAAACGCCCAUCAAUUUCUCGAGCGGACCGUAAGCGGUUAGGAAAGCGGACGGACACCAGCUGGAUUGGACAGGACGGCCAAACCGCGGCCACCGCCACCAAGCACAGCGACAUUCCAGCCGACCCAAGGAGUAAUAGUAAGCCUGAAGAAGUGGAGAGGCGGGGCAGCAGAAGCAGAAGAGGAAGAAGAAGCCGAUUCGAGAUUAUCAAUUAUGAAUUUCCUGGGCUUUGGCCAGUCAGCGGACAUUGAGAUAGUCUUCGAUGGAGCCGAGCACAAGACAGCAGAGGUCAAGGGCGAGGAUGGCAAGGUGGAGAAGAUGCUGCUCUUUUACGACGGCGAAACGGUGUCCGGCAAGGUGAACGUGACCCUGAAGAAGCCGGGCAACAAGCUGGAGCACCAGGGCAUCAAGAUCGAGUUCAUUGGACAGAUCGAGCUGUUAUAUGACCGCGGCAACCACCACGAGUUCAAGUGCCUGGCCAAGGCCUUGGCCCGGCCCGGCGAUCUCAUCCAGAACAACAGCUAUCCGUUCGACUUCCCGAACGUGGAGAAGCAGUUCGAGGUGUACGCGGGAUCCAAUGUGCGUCUCCGCUACUUCCUGCGCGCCACCAUUGUCCGUCGCAUCAGCGACAUCACCAAGGAAGUGGACAUCGCAGUGCACACGCUGUGCAGCUACCCGGAGAUGAACAAUCCCAUCAAGAUGGAGGUGGGCAUUGAGGACUGCCUGCACAUCGAGUUCGAGUACAACAAGAGCAAGUAUCACCUGCGGGACACGAUCAUUGGCAAGAUCUACUUCCUGCUAGUACGCAUCAAGAUUAAGCACAUGGAGAUCGCAAUCAUCAAGCGGGAGAGCACCGGCACCGGACCCACCAUGAUCAAUGAGAACGAGACCAUUGCCAAGUACGAAAUCAUGGACGGGGCACCGGUGAAGGGUGAGAGCAUACCCAUCCGGGUGUUCCUUGCCGGCUACAAUCUAACGCCCACCAUGCGUGACAUCAACAAGAAGUUCUCGGUCAAGUAUUUCCUCAACCUGGUGCUGAUGGACACCGAGGACCGGCGCUACUUUAAGCAGCAGGAGAUCACGCUGUGGCGCAAGGCGGACAUUCCGCGUUACCACAGCGCCCAGCAGCAACAGCAGCAGCAUCAACAGCACCAGCACGUCCCGCUGCACGCGCCGCCGCAUCUGGUCAGCGGACCGGCGGCCCCCACGGUGGCCCACUCCCUGAUCAGCACCAGCAGCGGCGAGGCGGGCGGCGCCCCAGCCUCGGUGGGCACAGCCGGUUCCGGAUCUGAGUCCAAGAUGGGCCUGUUCACAAGAGAGAGUCCGAAUCAGGAGUUUAGCCAGCAGCAGCUAGACUCCCCGCCGCUGACGCCCAGCGAGCUGCCAACAACGGCCAACGAGGAGCCAACGCCUGCAACAGCCUCUGCCGUUUCCGCUUCGAUUCCAACGCCGGCAACAUCUGCAGAACCGGCCCCCGAGCGGGGCAUGGGCGAUGGCGCCGCAGCGGCCACCACAAGUGUCUCGCCCGUUGCCAUGCUCUCCAGUUCGCCGCCGCCACUGCUGCCAGCAUCUCCGCACUCCCGUUCCGACGGCGACUCGGCGGAGCAGGCGCCACAAAACGAUGAGGAGGACGACGAGGCUGUUGGGGACGGUUCAGUGGCAACUGCGAAAAAGGUCAGUGCCACGCCACUGGCCGCCGAUUGAGUGGGAAGCUGGGGCAGUAGCCAGAGCAGAUGGAACUAUUACGCAUACAAUAUUCGUAUACAGCAGCAGG